CGCUGGCGCUGAUCGUCCUUGACAUUAUGCCUCCGAAGAUUGGCCUAAGUACCGAUCGACGAUUAUGGAAGACCCUGAUCAAUUCCAAGGAGCAUCUCCCGACGAAAUUCGCACUCAUUUUGAGACAUGGGUGGAUGCGCAAGGCAUGCGAGAUAAAUGGACCAAGUUUCGAAUGUGCAUUAUUAUUGAUGAAGAAUCUCUACAAACGCUGAAAGAUGCAACUGUGGCGGAAACUGAAACAGAGGAUUUCCAUGAGCCCUUAAGAUAUGUGAAGGUUCUUGAAGCUUUCCCGGAUAUCGAUCAGUGUGAUGUUUCCCCCAGAUGGAUAAAAUGCUGGCCAUAUGCGCCAUGGAGUCUGUGGGAGAAUAUGCAGGAUGGUGACGAUUUGAAGAUACAACAUGCAUUCACCGAAGAGGAUGACCCGUGGCCAGAUGUUUAUAUCGGGUGAUGAUGUCGAGGCUCUCGGAGUCAGGCACGUAUACCUCUUUCAAUAGCGGAAAGAUAUUUAGCUAGAGGCUUGCCGUUCUCCCCUGUUUAAGGAAGUACUGACUACUGCAAUGCCUGGCGUGAAGGCUUUUACCGCUACCUAACAAUGUGACUGCCUUUUCCAGGAUGAACAAAGGUCUCUUUGGCAGAAUUCAAGGAUUCUACG